AUGAAGCAGAUCGUCAAAUGGAUACGGUCAUUUUUUGCGUGGUAAGUCAAAGUUAAUGGGUCUAAUGUGACAAAAACUACAAAGUACAUUAUACCUGUAGGAACCUAAAAAAAGCCUAUAAAAUUGGAUUAGUCACAGUCAUUGUCUCACAAGACAUUACCUGAACCUUCUUAAAGUUCUCACACUUACACUUUGCAAAAACGAGACAAUUCUCACGCAUUGUUCUCAUUAUCCUACUAUAAAAUCGCACGGUGGACUAGACCCUACCCCACAACACUUUCCACAUUUUGCCGUCAAUCUUUCUCUCUUUUCCCCCUCUUCCCACUUAUCUCAAUUGGUAUCACUGUUCUGUCCACCCUCCGAUUCACUUCUUAUCGAUUAAUCUGGACAACAAGGCGGGUGCACCGAAAUGUUCUUAUUUUCCUAAAUCCGAAUCUCAUGCCGUGACGACGAGAGUGAACAACACCAAACAAUACAGUCUUUUCGAAAACUUAUUUGCGCGACGAGUUCUCACUCUCCUCGCUUGUACGCACUUUCGGUUUUUUCGUCUUGCGCACCCUCCCUCCUCAUAAAAUCACAUUGGUUUACUACUAGCUGCCCCCCCCCCCACGUGUCUUGUCUCAAACUUGUACUUGUACUUACUACCCACGCUAUGACUCAUUCGGUAGCUUCCAAAAGCGGAAAAGCAGGUUGGCCCAAAUUUCCGAAUGUCCAAACACUUGGCAACCGUUUUUUGAUUGCUUUGCUGAGCAAUAGUGCUCAUCGAAUCUUUUGAAAAGGGCGGCAAGGCGGGUGGGAAGUGACAAUAAUCCGUGCGCGUGGGCGAGUCUUGCAAAUUGUGUUUGUGUUUAUGUAUUUCGAGGCAAAUACAGCUGAGACAGCAUCGGCGCUCGCCGGACACAGUAGGCUAAUCACUUUCAGUUGAUAUUUUGUGUUUUUUUGUCCCGAAUUUGAGGCGGUUCUCAUGGCACUUUUUCCAUGAGAACUAAAAAUUUUCCGAAAAAGUAUGUAUCUUUAGAAGCUGGCUCUGCAAACGUUCGUGAGACCUUGAGACCUCAUUACCCGAUCCUAAAUCCCACACCAUCGAUAUAUACAACCAGCAUCUUUUCCCUUUUUCUAUCGUUUCCACCGUCUCGUCCGACCUUUGUUCAAGUCAAAAAGCAUGGUAAAAUAAUCGAUGAGUCAUGGUUGGCUUGUAAAACGUGUCUUGGCCGUGACGUAAUCCCUGCCGCCUCAGUUCUUACCCGCGGGUCACCCUCCCAACGACGACCCCACUGUUUGCAAUUUGCAUUCAUUUUCCUCUCUUUUCGGCUGCUGGCAGCUUGUCUUUUCAGCAUGUCUCAUCUUUUCCGUUUUUGUAAAGAAGUACGUGAUAGUGACGAGGUCUUUAGCCCACCGUGUAUCUCAUAUCUGACCACUGCACUUUCCAUUUUAUUUAUCAUCCUACCCCUUGUCGAUAGAUAGUUUCUUCCACCCACUACACAUCUAAUCUCAUCAUUUUCCACAUUUUGCCCCCUGAAAGUUGUGUAGCCUAGAAUUAUCUCAUUUCGUCUGGUUUUUUGAGGUUGACCUUGAGACAGGGAGAGAGAGAAAGAACUUCCAUGAAAAAAAAAGCGAAAAUCGUCAUAGGCAUUCUAUUUUUUCAGGCUGUACAACAUGGUCUGUUGUUUCGGCAAGAAAGAUGAGCGGACAAAGACGAUUGAGAAGGAAUUGCAGAAGGAAAGGAAGAUUAUGAGACGACAGGUAUAUAUUCAUUCUAAACAUAUUGAAUUAUUACCUCAAGAGCAUACAAAAUUGUAGACUUUUUUGAAAACUUUUAUAAAGCUCUUGAACUAUCAUGACUCCGAUUCUUACAGAUAAAUGUGCUGUUGUUGGGUUCGGGAGAAUCGGGAAAGUCGACGUUUGUCAAGCAAAUGCACAUUAUUCACGGAGCGGGCGAGUUCACCGCCGACGAAGUUCGGGCGUACCGACAACAGAUUUAUCAGGUGAGCAAACAGGAUUUUCGACUAAUUUUCAUGGAACACAGUUUAGAAUGCGAUCAGCGCUAUGCGUGUUCUAUUGGACGCCAGGAACAAACUCGGAAUUGCGUGGGAAAAUCCGAAACGACAAGUGGAAGUGGAAAAGGUUAUGAGGUACGUUUUUCACUUUCAUACUUACUUUCAUACAGAAGGAUUUCUUUCAGAUUUACAGUUGGCGACCUUUUGAAAGGCAUCGAUUUUACGACUUUUGUUGAAAUCGCCCCGAUAAUCAGUGAUUUCUGGAAUGACGCGGCUAUUCGAAAAACUUACGAGCAAAGAAACCUUUUCCAAAUUGUAAACUUUCACCUUUCCAAGCUAAAAUGCAUAUUUCCACGUUUCAGAGCGACUCGUGCCAGUAUUUCUUCGAGCACAUAUCUAGAAUUGCGAUGCCCGAUUUCUACCCGACUAAUAGAGACAUUUUGUUCUGCCGCAAAGCGACACGUGGCAUUUCUGAACACAUCUUCGAAAUCAAUAAGAUUCCCUUCAGGUUUUUUCGUCAACCUAGACCACAACACACACGUCAAUUGUUUGUAGAUUCAUCGACGUCGGCGGUCAGCGAUCACAACGCCAAAAGUGGUUCCAAUGUUUCACAGACAUCACGAGUAUCUUGUUCAUGGUGGCCAGCAACGAAUACGAUCAGGUUAGAGAUCAUUACUUUCUGAUCAUGUUGAAAAUCACAUUCAGGUGAUUCUCGAAGACCGACGCACAAAUCGGGUAGUCGAAUCACGCAGUGUUUUCGAGACCAUUGUCAACAACCGAGCGUUCUCUAAUGUCUCCAUUAUUUUGUUCAUGAACAAAAAUGAUUUACUGCAAGAGAAGGUCCCAAAGUCGGAUAUUCGUCAGUAUUUUACCGAUUUCAACGGAGAUCACACUUUGGUCAGUUUUUUUUCUGGAAAAUCGGGAAGACAUCCGGCCAGGACCGAGUUUUGUAGUAAUACUUCAAAACAUGAUUUCUGGGACAACUUUCAUGUUUUAAAUCAUGUCUUUUUGUUUUUUAAAGUACGUAUGCAAGUGAUUUUAAUCGCUCAUUUCGUCUUAAAACUUUACAAAAAUUAAAUACAGAGAACUUUCUCCAAGAAACUGAAAGGAAAAGUUGUAUUUUCCAAAAAUUACUAUUCCAGGUGCGUGACGUCCAAUUCUUCUUGGUUGAUAAGUUUGAAGCCUCGCGCCGUGACCGUGCCCGACCCUUCUUCUACCAUUUCACCACUGCCGUGGACACCGAAAACAUCCGAAGAGUGUUCCGAGAUGUUCGAGAAUCCAUUCUCGAGCAAAACCUCAAAACUCUCAUGAUGCAAUAA